AUGGCCGCCUCCUUCUUUUUCCUUUUCUUCUUCUCCUUCUCCUCCUCCCCCGCCACUCUCGUGUCUGAGCGCUUGUGGCGCCCUGCGGCACAGCAGCACCCGAAGUUCCUCAAGCACUAUCCUCAGUCGGUCGCCAUACCUUCCUUCCUGCGCAAUAACCCUAGCCGCCGCCCUAUAUCACCAAGGUCAGCACGACACCCAGGCCUACGCACACUGAACACCCAACAGGCUCGGCGGGAUGACGAUGAGACGGGCGCCGUCCAGAACAAGCACUCUGCGACCUCUCCUUGA